AAAAGUUAGGGUUUCUUGCAGAGAAUGGCGGUGCCUGGCAAGGGAAAGAAACCCAGGCUGGACGGCGAGCGAGACUCUCUUUUUCGCUCGAUCGAGCAGUUGCAGGAUGUUCAGGAUGAACUUGACAAGAUGGCUGAAGAAGCUAACGACAAGGUGUUGGAAGUUCAUCGGAAGUUUACUGAUUUGAGCAAGCCUCUUUAUCAGAAGAGGGAUGAGCUUAUCAAAUCUAUACCUGAAUUCUGGUUGCUUGCACUUCUGAAACAUCCUGUACUUGGCAAUUAUCUGAAUUACGAAGACCAGAAGAUACUUAACUAUUUGACUUCUGUUGAGAUGGACGAGUUUAAAUGGGAGCAAGGAAGAUACGGAUACUCACUCAUCUUUCAUUUUGAGGAGAAUCCUUAUUUUGAAGAUGAAACGUUGACCAAAACCUUUACAUUUUCUGCUAAGGGAAGAGCAAAAGUAGCUGGUGCAACCAUCAAUUGGAAGGAAGGCAUGGGUAAUGCCAAUGGAGUUAACAUUUUUACGAGAGGAAACAAGCGAACAUUGGCAUAUGAAGAUAGUUUUUUCAGUUUUUUUGGCGAACCCUUAGAGAAAAUCGCGAAAGAGUUUCAAGUUGAGGAUGAUGAGGAUUGUGAUGAAGAUGAUGGUAAACAUGAUGUGGAGGAGCCAGAUGAUGAUGAUGAUGAUGGUGAUGAUGCUGCUUACGAUUCUGAUUAUGAUGCUUUUGAGCAUAGUUCUGAUGAUGAUGAUCACAGUGAUGAUUAA